AUGCUCCCUCGACAGGGCCUUGUCUUGCUCGCUCUCGUCGCUUCUGACGUGCUGGCUGCGACCAGCGUUCACGGAAAGCAUCACAACCACCUUAAUGGUGUCAUAGACAAACAUCAAUCGUCCAAUACCACAGACGAAUAUGAAUAUGUCAUUGUCGGAUCUGGCCCAGGAGGGGGCCCUCUCGCAUCUAGACUUGCUAUUGCAGGGCACAAAGUGCUUCUGAUAGAAGCUGGCGAUGACCAGGGCGAUUCUAUCGUGUAUCAGACCCCAGCUCUUCAUUUGCAAUCAACAGAAUAUGAGCCAAUGCGCUGGGACUACUGGGUUAACCAUUACCCCGACCUCGAACGCCAAAAGAAGGACUCCAAAUUUACCUACAGGAAAUCUGAUGGCCAAUUUCAUGUCGGAGCGACUCCACCCGCAGAUGCCGAACCUUUGGGGAUUCUAUAUCCAAGAGCCGGAACUUUGGGAGGUUGCGCCUCCCACAACGCAUUGAUUAGUGUUUAUCCCCACAAGAGUGACUGGCUUAACAUCCAGACCAUCACUGAUGACGAUUCCUGGGCCCCGGAGAAGAUGCGAAAACUCUUUCAGCGUCUGGAACGCUCGCGAUAUAUGCCUAAUGGUCUUCUCGGCCACGGCUUCGAAGGCUGGUUCGAAACCAGCCUAACAGACUUGGGCCUCGUUUUGCAGGAUCUCAAACUUAUCUCCCUGGUCGUUGCGAUUGGCACUGCCAUGGGCAAAAGUGUCGGCAAAGUGAUCUCAACCGUCGCUGGCUUGGCGGAGGUUUUGCUUUCUGAUAUCAACGUCGACACCCCGCUCCGUGACUCCACUGAGGCCGUAUACCAGGUCCCCAUCGCGGUCAAUAUUCCGGAGUAUAAACGGAAUGGUCCUCGCGAAUUCAUCCUCCAAACCGCCAAUGCAGUCAACGAAGAUGGGUCGAGGAAAUACCAUCUGGACAUUGCCCUCAAUACCCUUGUAACCAAUGUUCGAUUCGAUAACUCUGGCCCUGCACCGAGAGCCGUUGGUGUAGAUUUCCUCAAGGGACAAAGUCUCUACUCAGCUGACCCUCGUGCUUCUGGCGCUAAGGAAGGAAUCCCAGGCAGCGCCACCGCUACCAGAGAAGUGAUUCUCUCUGCCGGAGCAUUUAAUACGCCUCAAUUACUGAAACUCAGUGGCAUCGGGCCCAAGGAUGAGCUGAAGAAAUUCGACAUCCCAGUCCUCGUCGACCUCCCCGGAGUUGGCCAGAAUCUCCAGGACCGCUACGAGAUGGGUCUUGUUGCAGAGACCGAAACCGAUUUCCUCCUUACCUCCAAAUGUACUUUCUUGACCACCGAUCCAGACCCAUGCCUUGAGCAGUACUUGACCGGCCACUUGGCUCUUGGAAAAGGAACUUACACCACCAACGGCCUUGCUGUCGCAGUGGUCAAACGUUCCUCUGCUGCAAGCGGUGAUCCCGAUCUCCUUAUAUCUGGCGCCCCAGCCUUCUUCCCCGGCUACUAUCCCGGCUACUCCGUUAAAGGCCUUUCCGACGCUCGUCACUGGACCUGGAUCCCGCUCAAAGCACACACGCGCAACAAUGCUGGCACUGUCAAGCUGCGCUCCAAGGAUCCCCGCGACAUGCCCGAGAUCAACUUCAACUACUUCGACGCUGGCGUCACGACAGACGAUGCUGACGAGAAGGAUCUACAGGCCGUUGUUGAGGGGAUGGAGCUGUCGCGAGAGAUCUUCAAGAACGUCGUGCCCAUCCAGGGCAGCUUCAAGGAAGUCUGGCCUGGUACUGAGCGAGCCAAUGACACCGAGAGCCUCAAGGAGUUCAUCAAGAACGAAGCGUGGGGCCACCAUGCCUCGUGCACGUGUCCUAUUGGUGCCGACGAUGAUCCGAUGGCUGUGUUGGAUUCCAAGUUCCGCGUCCGUGGCGUUGAGGGCCUGCGUGUUGUUGAUGCCUCUGUCUUCCCCAAGAUACCUGGCUUCUACAUUGCCGUGCCAAUCUAUCUGAUCAGCGAGAAGGCUGCGGAUGUCAUUCUUGAGGCUGCCACGGACUAA